AUGGACGCUGCUCCGACUUUGAGCACGACCUCGCACUCCGCUGAUCACAACUUCGCCGCUGACUCCACCACCGCCGACCACGCCCCCUACCAUGAGGCGCUAGGGCCUCCGCCGUCCAACUUGUCCGCGUCGGCAGCCACGAGUCCGCAUCCCGUUCCACAGUCACAGGCGCAGUCAGCGGUGCAGGACACGGACACGCCCCGCCCUAACGAAGCGCUCAAGUCAAUCGCGUCCGCGACGGCAUCCAUGAGCCUGUCCACUCCCGCCAUCCACGCCGACCCCGCCGGCCCCUCCCAGCGCGCCAUGGACUACGGCAAUGGCAGCGACAUGGACGUCGAUAUGGACGCCGAUCCCUUUAACAAGCAAAAGUAUGCUCGGCCGCCGUCCAGUUCCCGCCCGACGUCUCAAUACCUGCCAGCCAGCGCCGCCGCGGGUGGAGAUGCAAGCGCCCGUACUGCGCGUUACUCGCCCAUGAAUACCUCGCCGACAUCGUACGUGUCCAGUCCGCCGCAACAGCAGCAGCAACAGCAGGCACCGCCCUCGCAGUACGCGUCGUAUACACCCCAACAGCAGUCGGCAAGGCAGUCGCCCAGCCGUCAGAGCCAAAGCCAGAGCCAGUUCACCUCGCCCACACAGCAACGCUACUAUGCUUCUCCGCCCGGCUCAGCGCGUGCACACACCUCACAGCUACCUCCCCUACAGUCAGGCUUGUCGCCAGGCUCAUACUAUCCGCAAUCAGCGACGCAGCAGCUCAACGCCGUGUUUGGACACGAUUCGGAGCCGCAGAAGCAGCAACAACCAGCGCAACAAAACCACCACCAUCAGAUGUCCGGAACGCCUGACUCGGUACCGCAAUUCACCAAGGUCAAUGGCAUCAAUGAUCUCAACUCGCAUAUAAACUCGCAGCCUCCAUUCCGAAGAGCAAACCCCGAGGGAGGCUUCAUCAGCCCRCUGCAAGCUCUCACUACACAUUUGCCGGCGACGUACCGCAUUUGCAAUCCUGGAUUCCAAUACGAGUCCUCCCGAAAUCCUCGGCGUGUGCUGACCAAACCCAGCAAGGGCGUGAAGAACGAUGGCUACGACAACGAAGACAGCGACUACAUCCUCUAUGUUAACGACAUUCUCGGGUCGGAAGAAACUAACCACAAGAACCGAUACCUGAUCUUGGAUGUGUUGGGGCAGGGAACGUUUGGACAGGUGGUAAAGUGUCAGAACCUGAAGACGCAAGAGGUGGUGGCAGUGAAGGUGAUCAAGAACAAGACGGCAUACUUUAAUCAAAGUAUGAUGGAGGUCUCCGUGUUGGAUUUGCUGAACGGGAGAAUGGACAAGAACGACGAUCACCACAUCCUUCGGCUGAAGGACACUUUCAUCCACAGGCAACAUCUGUGUCUGGUGUUUGAGCUGCUCUCUGUGAAUCUGUACGAGCUGAUCAAACAGAACCAAUUCCGAGGUUUGAGCACGACGCUGGUCCGUGUGUUCGCGCAACAGUUGCUCAACGGUCUUUGUCUGCUCAGCAAAGCAAAGCUGAUUCAUUGCGAUUUGAAGCCGGAGAAUAUCCUACUUAAGAAUCUGGAGAGUCCGAUCAUCAAGGUGAUCGAUUUCGGUUCGGCUUGUGACGAGCGACAGACGGUCUACACCUAUAUUCAAUCUCGAUUCUAUCGAUCACCCGAAGUACUCAUGGGCCUCCCAUACUCUGCCGCAAUCGAUAUGUGGUCGCUAGGCUGCAUUGUUGUUGAGCUUUUCCUCGGUUUGCCAUUGUUCCCGGGUUCUUCGGAAUACAACCAGGUUUCAAGAAUCACCGAGAUGCUCGGGCUGCCUCCAACUUGGAUGCUGGAGGUUGGCAAGCAAUCGGGAGAGUUCUUUGAAAAGGCUCAUGACGAUUUCGGUAGGAGGACAUACAGACUGAAGCCUAUGGAACAGUAUUCGCGUGAGCAUGGCACGAAAGAGCAGCCAAGCAAGAAGUACUUUCAGCAAACGAGACUUCCUGAUAUAAUCCGAGCGUACCCCAUGCCGAGGAAGGGCAUGAAGCCGGCUGAGAUGGAGCGAGAGAUGGCGAACCGUGAGGCAUUCAUUGACUUCGUCCACGGUCUUCUCAACAUUAAUCCUCUCGAGCGUUGGUCACCGCAGCAAGCCCGUACUCAUCCAUUCAUCACGCAACAAAAGUUUACAGGGCCUUUCCAGCCGCAGAUGAACCUCAAGACUACCAGUCGUUCACCGGCGCCCGGCGUUCAGCAACAACAACAAGCCGAAGCACUGUCAAAGCAACGCGCGCAGCAAGCUCAGGCGGCGCAAGUACAGCAGCAAGCGGCCAAUGCUCAAGCCUAUGCCCCUAUGCCACCCAACAUGCACAUGAAUUCUGGUUAUGCAAGCAGCCCACACGCUGCUCAGCAGCAGCAGCAGCAGGCCAUGUACCAGAACAUGUACAGCCCGAGCCAUCAAGGCGCGCCGCCACCAUAUCCUUCCAAUGCACAGCCACCCGCAGCAUAUGGUCAGCAAAUGCCCAUGAUCCAGCAACCUCCGACAGCUGCGAUGCACCCAUAUGCCCAACAGCCGCAGCAAAAUUUAUAUGCACAAGCUACCACACGAGGAGCUCGACAAAGAGCGACUACCAUGGACGGCAACGGUGGCAUUCCCGCAUCUUUGCAGCGAGUCGUCAGCCAUUUAGAUCCGAAUGCUCCGAUCCGACUUCAGCCUAGUCCAGCCUACUAUCCUCCUCCACAGGACGGCCAGGGAUCUUCAGACGCUGGAAAUAUUGGGCAAAGGCGGCGUACCAGUCGCGCGAGCGGGCAAAGGCAGGGCGGAAACGGUGGCGGUCAGGACCGUAACUUUGUACGGAUGCUGGAAGAUCGGACUCUCGAGGAAGGCUGGAAUGGAGGCAACGGAGGAAAUGGCUGGCCGGGAGCUUGA